GUCGACCAAGGUCAUGGGCGCCGUCGUGUCCCGCCUCGCCGCGCGCCUCUUUGGGAAGAAGGAGCUGCGCGUUAUGAUGGUCGGGCUCGAUGCGGCGGGCAAGACAACGAUAUUGUACCGGCUCAAGCUCGCCGAGACGGUCACGACGGUCCCCACAAUCGGCGCCAACGUCCAAACCGUCGAGUACCGUAACCUGAGUUUGCAGGUUUGGGACUUUGGCGGCCAAGACAAGAUCCGCGCGCUCUGGCGCUGCUACCUCGUCAACAACGACUUCAACGUACUCAUCUACGUCGUCGACUCGAGCGACCGCGACCGCAUGCCCGAGGCCCGCGACGAGCUGGUGCGCAUUUUGCAGCAAGAAGAGCUCCGCCACUGCCGCGUGCUCGUCCUCGCCAACAAGCAAGAUGUCGCAAAAGCCAUGAACACGCUCGAGGUCACGGCCAAGCUCGGCUUGUACGAGCUCGAGCACAACUGGUACAUCCAAGCCUGCUGCGCCACCACUGGCGCUGGUCUUGUCCAAGGCCUGCAAUGGAUCGCGCGGACCAGCUAGACAACACAACGUUGAGUGAAGGUGUUGCCACCCAAAUACUACCUACUAUCUAAUACCUCAUAUACAACACUUGCAUUUCCUCC